AUGGAUCGGUAUGAACCCUUUACGGCUGAAACGGAAAUAAUGGAAGAUUGUUUUGCAAGACAAGUAAGAGAAACUGGAAUUGACGAAUGGGCAAGUACAGCUGCAAGAAAAGAGAAUGAACAAUUUGAAUUAUUUCGAAGAAAACCAAAUGCUGAUCUUUCCAGUAUGUUUCCAAAUAAAUCAACAAAAAUGUCGAUAAAUCUAGAUCAACUUCGACAAAUGACGGUGAAAGAUACUGAUAGCAUUAGAUUACUACGUACAAUGAAUGAAGAACAACAAGAUAUAUUUUAUAACAUCAGUCUUUGGUGUUUAAGAAAACAACAUAUACUGAAUGUUGAACUAGUACAUUUAUUCCUAACUGGUCCGGGUGGUAAUGGUAAAGUC